AUGUCUCACUACCAAAUCAUUCUCGAUUCUGUGCUUCAAAGUCAGAUUGAAUGCUACGAUGACGCACGAAGGCUGGGUAUGAAUGCCCUCUGCUCAAAGGACAUUACACUAAUUCAAAGCUCGGACUGUGAAGCUCAAUUACAGAAAGAAGACACGCCCCAGGGUCUCCUUGCUAUCGCCCGUAAAGCGGAUCUUGUCGUUAACUCUGCAGCAUCUCAUUUCAAGUGUCGUGCCCCGAUCCACCUCGGUGAUCCUACUCGUCUACCACAGGACCUCCCGCCAUGUGAAAUUCAUUUCCCGACUGCUGAUACAGGUCUAGUGCUCUUUCGCCAUGAGGUCACUCGUAUCCGGAAGAGUUGGUUCUUCCUGAAUCUCAUCGAAUAUACGUAUCGCCAGAAUCCCGAGGCCGAAGUGACAAAAGACGAGUUUCUCCGCUCGCUACAUGAGGAAGUCACACGAAUGCCUACAAUUCAGAUAUUCAUCUUGAAGGAUAUGCUGUUGGGUCUAGCUAGAGAUCUGAAUUCAUUAACCGCUGGGAGACAACCUAGAGCCAGGGACCCACUUGAGCCAUGCCUAUUUAACGUGUUAUCGCCAGAAUGGACUCAGACUUGCAGCUUCUUGAGGGAGAUUUAUGAGUCAAGACCGAGCGAGGAGAAGGAUCAACUUGACAACUUCCUGCACGGCCCGUGCGAUGUUUGUUUUAUAAGAAGAGAUUAUUUGAACAAUACCUGCAAAGGAAGAGAGAAAGGAAAGGAUAUCUGGGAGGUGUAG